CUAUUUUGCCUAUUUUUUAAUGCAAAUUAAAAGUAUUUUCCCGUAGAACCGUGGUACGUAAAUUGAAAAAGUUCGUUCACAUUUAAACGAAUAUAUGUACCUACGUUUUUGCUCAUCGAAGAUGGUUUUCGAUAUGCGUACUAGGCUAUUAUGAAAAAAUAAAACAAAAGAAAGUCUUGCAAGUCAGACCUUGACGAAAGGUUCACAAAAUUUAAAACUUAUAAUCUUUCGAGAAUCUCUGGUAUUUUUUUGUCGAUCUGAGAACUUGGUGACGUACAGACCCUGCCAAUUUUUUUCUUCUUUCUCACUCUCAUUGCUGAAAAGAAAAUAUUUUCGAUUUGACUCUAGGAUUUAACAAAAAGUGGUUGAUGUAUUUUCAUCUCGCUCUCACUCAUAGCAAGUCUUCUUGUUGAUUUAAAUACUAGGCUUAAACCUGUUAGUUCAAUCGGAGCUACCUGUUGAUUUUCAUGGGCUGUUAUUUACAUUUAACGUAUAAAGUGAAUUCAAUGUGUAAUACAAAAAGUACUGUUUAUUUUUAUGUUUAACAAAGAAAUUAAACUACGAACUCAUUACUAUUAAAUUUGAAAGUCUCAGCAACUGAAAGUACUCGAUAACUUUUUUAAACGAACAGAUUAGUUGAAUCUUGUAAUUAGACAAUGGAAGAAAAAAAUCAUAUUGAGGAAACUCAAGAAUUACCAUUUUGUUUUAUUCGGGGAUCAGAUCCGAGAGCAGCAACAUGUCGGGGUAAGCUCCAAAGCAAGCGAUGUAAACUUAACCAAGAAAUUAAUAAAGAGUUGCGCUUGAGAGCGGGUGCGGAGAACCUAUAUAAGGCAACAUCAAAUCGGAAAUUGCGAGACACAGUUGCCUUAGAAUUGAGUUUUGUUAAUUCAAACUUACAAUUGCUAAAAGAGCAAUUAGCAGAGUUAAACUCAUCCAUGGAAAUUUAUCAAAGUGAAAGUCACAACGGAGUAAUGCCCAUGAUACCUUUGGGCCUAAAGGAAACAAAGGAAAUUGAUUUUAUGGAAGCCUUUUCAGAUUUUAUUUUGGAACAUUACAGCGAAGAGCCCUCAACCUAUUUGGACGCUAUAGCAGAUAUUACAGACACCAGACAGGCUUGUAAAACACCUUCGAGGGAUGCCUUUGGUACUGCGCUACUCUUUCGAUACUACAAUCUGCUGUAUUAUGUGGAGCGGCGCUUUAUUCCGCCUGAUCGAAACAUAGGAAUUUUUUUUGAGUGGUAUGACUCCCUCACAGGAGUGCCUUCCUGUCAGCGCACCAUAUCCUUUGAAAAGGCCUGCACUCUGUUUAAUUUAGGCGCCAUAUACACUCAGAUAGGUACGCGUCAUGACCGUACAACUGCUGAUGGCUUGGACGCAUCGGUGGACAGUUUUUUAAGAGCAGCGGGUAUUUUCCGUCAUAUUUUUGAUACUUUUACGAACGCACCAUCAAUGGAUCUUAAGCCACAAGUUCUUGAAGUAUUGGUUUCCCUUAUGCUUUCUCAGGCUCGAGAGUGUCUUUUUGCAAAGUUUCAGCUACAGACUGAAGUAUUAUGUGUACCUGAAAAUAUAAACUUGUUCCGAGAUUUAGCCGGAGAGGCUGCACAAUUGUCAACUGAGUACCUUCAGAUGCAUACAAAUAUUCAAGCGAAUAAUACACAUAAGUGUUUGCCCGAGUGUUGGGCAGGACUAGUACCACUUAAGGCUGAGCUUUAUAAAGCGUUUGCUCAUUAUUAUAAAGCUUGCAGUAUUGAUACGUCGCAUGAAUAUAACAUAUCCUUAUCCGCCCGAAUAAGGCACAAUACAUCAUUGAGAGAUCCAAUCAAAGGGAAUUUUGAGACACAGGUCGAUAUGGGCACAAGCAAGAAAAUAGAAGAGAGCACCGCUUCUGUUAUUUCUCUGAAACACAUGCAUUUUAAAGAAGCUUGGGCAAGUUACGACGAAGCGCAACGUCUUCAGCGGAUGUGUCGCUAUUUAAAGAAUAAAAAAUCGCUUACUCAAGUUAUUCAAGAUGCUUUUUAUAAGAUGAGGGAAGAAUUCGAAAAAUUAAAAUUUCUUGAGGAACCAAAUACAUUAGACGACGAGUGCUAUGAUGUUUCGGAACAAGCUAUAGAAGUAGCAUCUUCAAAAUUUACGUUAUCUUUAACGGGACCGGACUUCACUUCGCAUAAAGUAGAGGACCCUUUUAAGCAACUAGGACCAAUUGCAAUUUUUUCUGCACGUCGCCACUGGACAGCACCACGAUAUAUACGUCUACAAAAGGGUUCCUCUACAUAUCAUAAUAGUACCUUUGAUCUAUCAUUACCUUUGGAAGAUGACGAGGAAGAAGAUGAUUCAAGUAAACAUUUGGAAAAUUUUGGUUUCCAUGUCCGUGGGGACUCACCUGUCAUUAUUUCAAACGUAAAAAUAAAUUCACUUGCUGAUCUUGGCGGCAUCAAAGAGGGAGACUUUCUGGUUGAAAUUGCCGGAAAAGAUGUCAAAUGGUACUCAAAUCAGCAGGUUUUGUUGCUUAUACAGUCGUGUGGUUCUACCCUUGAUCUUAAAGUAAUAACACCAAUGGAUCGAAAUUAUUUACAGCCGUUGUCAACAAGCGACUCAAUACCAACAAUAUCUGCGCAAGUUAUACUGGAUACCUCCAUUUCCAAAUCAAGUGGUGUAACUCACAAGCUCGAUUCUAGCAUUUCGACGACUUCAAGAAUCGUUGGCGUGACGUCAGCCAGUCCUUGGAAUCCAUUUAGACGAAGUGCAAGCUUAGCAAAAAAGUUCUAAGUUUUCUGUUUAUUUUUAAUAAUAAUAAAGUAAAAAUUCCAACAUUAGACCCCUGUUAGACAUAACGUUAUAUAUCCUGUAAAAGUCUGAGUGGAACUGUUAAUUAUAUAUUUUUUGGCUUAUAUUCGAUUAAAUUUUUAACUCACACUAAGAUCGAUUACAUUGUGCGGAUAAGAAUUAAAUUUUGUAACUUCUAAUGGUACUGCCUUCUGAAUAAAAUCAGCAUAAAACUAGUA